AUGUCAAUGUCAUUAAACGUCGGUAUAAUCAAAGCAAUGUCUUUUGUCAACAAAAAAAUACAAAGAAAACUCACUUGUUUUGGAGUUCUCUUCUCUGACCCGCAGCCACCCACUUCUUCUCGCAGUAACUCCACGCCACUCAGAGACGCGGGACUCCCUUCCGGCGUCACAGACGGUGCCGACCAGCCCAGCCCUAGCUCAGCCACCUCUUUUCCGAGACCCCAUCGCGUCGCCAGUCACUCCAACCACUCAGCGCCGCCGUCGCCCUCUACCCUCUCUCGGUCUCAAGUUACGAAGUAUUAUUCAAGGAGAAACGCAUCGAGAUCAUGGCCCCCGGUACUAGAAAUCACCCAACACGAGAGGGAUCUUCUGGUUCUAACCAGAAUGAUAACCCGGACCAUCUGGUCGCAGCUGCUACCCAAUUCUUUCAAUCUAUGGUUAGCGGCCAAUUUAUGGCGCCUAGAGCUCCACAAGCCGGUUGUACUUUGGAGCAAUUUUCUCGUCAGCAUCCUCCUACGUUUGAUGGCAGAUUGAAUUCCAUGGAUGCGGAAAGCUGGAUCGAUCGUAUAGAGCAGAUUUUUGAAGUGCUCUACUGCACUGAUGAUCAGAAGGUGAAAUACGCCACGUACCACUUGACUGAUAUGGCAAACAAGUGGUGGAAGUCAACCCGGGCUUUGGUUCAGCUGGAACUAGGGGAAGCAGUCCCCAUUACU